UGUCUUCUCCCAACAUGGGCUCGAUGGAUAAUUCUGGCUCAUGUAGAAACCAAUAGAAAAUUCCACCUUUUUUUCUUCUUCUUCUUCUUCUUAUGAUAGAUCCUCAAUAAACAAAACAUCAAUACAUGUAGUUAGCCAAACCAAAAUUUUGAUCUAUAUAUAAAUCACCCAAUUCAAUUUCAUAAUCCUUUUUUGUUUCACAAUCAUGAAUUGAGCAAAAAUCCCGGAAAUGGCUGAUCGUAAGUCCAGCAAGGGCGCCCAAUCCGUAUCCUCCUCCUCUGCAUCAUCAGCCGCAGCGUCGCAGAAACUCGGCGCCGGCGACGAGGCCGGCGGCGGCGGCAAGAACGUCCAGAGCAGCGUCACGUGCGUGUACCAGACCCACAUCGGCGGGUACUGGCGGAACGCGACGGUGGUGUGGUGCAAGAACGUGACGAACCAUUCGCUGAGCGUGUCGGUGGACAGCGUGGAGACGGAGGAUCAUUCCACGUGUAAGGUGGAUCUGAAGCCGUGGCAGUUUUGGACAAAGAGAGGGUACAAGACGAUGGAGGUCGACGGGAACCGGCUGGAGGCGUAUUGGGAUUUCCGAUCCGCCAAAUUCUCCGGCGGACCCGAACCCGUCUCCGAUUUCUACGUCGCCCUCGUCUCCGACCAAGAAAUGGUCCUCUUCUUAGGUGACUACAAGAAAAAAGCCUACAAACGGACCAAAUCCCGACCCCCCCUCGUCGAGGCCGCCCUGUUUUACAAAAAAGAACACGUUUUCGGGAAAAAAAGCUUCACGUCCCGGGCCAAAUUCGACCGGACAAAAAAAGACAGCGAAAUCGUAGUCGAGAGCUCGGCCUGGGGGCCGAGAGACCCGGAGAUGUGGAUCAGCAUAGACGGGAUCGUCCUAAUCCACAUCCAAAAUCUACAAUGGAAAUUCCGGGGAAACCAAACCGUCACGGUCAACAAAGUCCCGGUCCAGGUCUUCUGGGACGUUCACGACUGGCUAUUCCGCACCUCCGGCUCCACCCACGGCUUAUUUAUCUUUAAACCGGUGGUGGCGCCGGAGUCCGACAGCGACGUCGAAGACGGCGGCGGCGGUGACGACGACGGUGACAGCGUUUCCAGCGGCGGAAGCAAGUACUACUCGACCCGGAGCCAUUCCACGGGGUCGCAGUUUUGCUUGUUGUUGUAUGCGUGGAAGCUUGAGUGAGGCUGAUCAGACCAUAAUGUAUAAACCAUAAAGAUCAAAUUAAAAUUAUUUGGCACCACAUGCAUAUUGUAACUGUCUUGUAACAAACAUUUUGUAAACAAGAUUAUAUAAGUAUACAUGCGCCAUGCUAAUUGUGUAUAUCAAUGGAAGGGGUCCUCUGGCCAAUGAUAUGAAAGUGGCAUAUAGAGUGGGUUAAUAUGUGUAAAUAUUUAGCAUUUUCUUAGAUUGAAGUGUUCUUUAAUGGUGUGUACUAUUGAAAUAGAGAAGAAGACAAUACAAUACAAUAUUCUCGCUAA